AUGAAAAGAGUGUACGAAAGUGGCUCCCAAAAAAGAAAAAGAAAGCAAGAAUUGGAAGAAGCUCAAAAGAAAUUAACAAAAAUUACAAAUUUUAUAAGUGCGAAGGAAAAAUCACAGGAAAUUGAAAACUCAAAUUCACAGGAUCCUACAUUUGAAGACGCUGAUUCAAAUUCAGAGAAAGCUGUAUCUACAAAUGAGAAAAAUCAAAUAAAUAAUGACAUGCCCAAUACCAAUAUUUCUUCAAAAUCGCUGCAAAAUAUUCAGUGUUCUGAUGUUGGUCUUUGGAGUCAUUUAUCUAAAACGGAUGUUGAUUACUGGAUUAAGAAGGGACCUUUAGACUGUCAACAUCGCAAUGGACCAUUUGAUAAAUCAAAGAGAGAAUUCACAAAUGCUUCUCGAUAUUGCUCUAAAAAUAUUUUUCAUGGAACAAAAAUUAACGGAGAAAAGUAUGAUAGAGAUUGGUUAGUUUACUCUCCUGCAACGGGAUGUGUUUAUUGUUUCGUAUGUAAAAUAUUUUCUGCAUCGUCAACAUCUCUUGCAAACGAAGGAUUUAGUGACUGGCGUAAUCUAAUUUCUAUUCAACAACACGAAAAUUCUGAAGACCACAGAAAUGCUUUAUUUUCAUUUUUAACGAGGAGACGUGAAUCGAAUUUGGAUUUGCAACUUGACAUGCAAGUUACUCAAGAAAAAGAAUAUUGGAAACAAGUUUUACGCCGAGUAAUAGACGUCAUUAGUACUCUAGCAGAACGCGGCUUAGCUUUCCGAGGAAGUGAAGAAAAAUUCGGCUCAUCAAAUAAUGGCAAUUAUUUAGGAAUCCUGGAACUGAUUUCAAGAUAUGAUCCAUUUCUUGCGACUCAUAUUGGACAAUACGGUAAUAGCGGUUCUGGAAAAUCAUCCUAUUUAUCAAAAACAAUAUGUGAUGAACUCAUCCAUUUGAUGGCCUUAAAAAUCAGAGAAUCAAUUUUACAAGAUAUAAAAACUGCAGGAUAUUUUAGUAUAUCUGUUGAUUCGACGCCAGAUUUAUCACAUAUUGAUCAAUUGGCUGUAAUUAUUCGAUAUGUCUCACCGGAUAAUGGAUUACCUAUUGAAAGAUUUCUAACAUAUCUUGACAUAAAAAGUCAUACUGGCGAAAAUUUAGCAAAGGUUGUCUUAACAUAUUUAAAAGAUGAAUGCCAAAUUAAUUUUAGUAAUUGUAGAGGUCAAUCUUAUGACAACGCUGCUAACAUGUCCGGAGUAUAUAAGGGAAUGCAAGCUAAAAUUCGAGAGGAAAAUGAAUACGCUAUAUACAUUCCAUGUGCUGGCCACUCAUUAAAUCUCGUUGGACGCUCUGCAGUUGAUUCGUGUCUUGAAGCUGUUCGAUUUUUUUCUACCAUUCAAGGGUUGUACGUAUUUUUCUCAGCAUCGCCGAAGCGUUGGUCCAUCUUGAAUGAAUAUUCGCAGCAAAAUAAAUCCUUUUUACAACUUAAACGACUUUCUGAUACAAGGUGGAAUGCUCAAGCACAAGCUACUUCAGCUGUAGCUAGAGGUUACAAUGAAAUAAUUGCUGCUCUUUACCACAUUGCUGAAGAUGGAAAUGAAAGCGGGGAAUAUCGAAAUGAGGCUUCUGCUCUGAUUAACAUAAUGGAGGAGCUCGAAUUCGUCUUUAUGUUAGAAUUUUGGGAAAAAAUAUUAAAUGAGUUCGACAAAACAUCUAAAGCUCUCCAAAAUGCAGAAAUAACAAUAAGCACAACUGCAAAACUUUACUUUGCACUGUCUCAGUAUGUGCAAAACGUUCGGCAAGAUUUUGAUGACAUCGAGUCUCAGGCAAAAGGAAAACUUCCUGAUAUUGAUUAUAAAUCUGCGAGAAAACGAAAGAUAAAAAGAAGGAAGCAAGUUAAUGAUGAUUACGACAUGAUCGCUGAUAUGUCCAUCUUGGUGGUCAACAUUGAUGGACCAUAA